AUGGCUUUAUAUAAUUUUAAACGGAUCCAGCCGAUUCCUACGGCAAAUGAUUUUUUGGAUAUCGUGCUCUCAAAGACACAGAGAAAGACACCAACUGUAAUUCACAAGAAUUAUAAAAUUGGUCGAAUAAGGCAAUUUUAUAUGCGCAAAGUCAAAUUUACUCAAGACAGUUUCGAUGAAAGAUUGAAUGCCAUUCUUGAGGAAUUCCCGAAACUUGACGACAUUCAUCCAUUCUAUUCAGAUUUAAUGAAUGUAUUGUAUGAUAAAGAUCAUUACAAAUUAGCCUUAGGUCAAAUUAAUAUUGCGCGUCAUCUUAUUGAUCAAGUUGCCAAAGAAUAUGUCCGUCUAUUAAAAUUUGGUGAUUCAUUGUAUCGCUGCAAGCAAUUGAAAAAAGCAGCUCUUGGAAGAAUGGCUACCAUUAUGAAACGCCAAAAAGAUAGCCUAUCAUAUCUGGAACAAGUUCGGCAACACUUGGCUCGGUUACCUUCAAUAGAUCCAAAUACUCGUACAUUAUUAAUUUGUGGAUAUCCAAAUGUUGGUAAAUCUAGUUUCAUGAAUAAGGUUACUAGAGCAGAUGUUGAUGUGCAACCUUAUGCUUUCACUACAAAAUCGUUGUUUGUUGGGCAUAUGGAUUACAAAUAUCUUAGAUGGCAGGUGAACAAAUAG